AUGUUUGUUUAUUAUUCUUGUUUAUUAAUUCAAUUAAUUAUAAACUUAACAUUAUCAACAGUUGUAAUUGUUUAUUUAACUAAAACCAAAUUAAUUUACAUACUUGUAUUUGCUAUAACAGUGACAGACAUCACCUCAAUCUUAGUAAUUUACAGGUAUAAAUUACUCUAUGAAAGACAGUUUAUCUCUUAUAGAUACACACCAAGUCUAAAUCGUAUUAUAAUUAAAGUUGCCUUUAAUCUACUACUCCUUACAAUACUCUACUAUAAUUUAAUGAAAGAAUCUAAUAAACAUAAGAUUAUUGUUAGUGGGAUAGUUCAUUUUAUUUUAUUAAUAUCAACACUUCUAUUAAUUUAUGUUAAAAGAAAGUCUACAAAGAGGGUCAUUAGAAUAACAGCCAACAGACAAACAUUUGGAUCAGUUUUAACUGAUUUUGACAAACUAACUAAAAAUGAUAUAGUAGAAGUUUUAAGUGUGACUGAUACAGAAUACAGAAUAAGAAAUAGUGAUGGUUUGUUAUCAACUGUUGAUAAAAAAAAUAUUAAACUGCUUAACUAA